CGCCUGACAUCCUCGUUGAUUGUGAUCCAUUCUCUAGGAUCAUUCCUCGCGUUUUUUUUUUUGUCAUGAUGGUUGCCUGGCUGUUAUUGCUUCUAAUUGUUGGACAUGGCAUACCGACUGAAUCCUCCAUGGAACUCGGCCAACUCCCACAAGUAUCACAAGCUGUAGAUACCGCUGGUGAUUCUAAGAUCUUUCAACACCAAUUAAAACGAUUCGAGGGAGAUUUACCUAAUGAAUCACCUCACAGUCUGUGCUAUGUUGUGCUCGGAAACUUCCAGAGGUCUGGGAGCUGA